AUGGUGGCAUGUGAUUGGUUUGUACUAUUUCCUGUAAUACUAUUGGCUCUCGUGACAAUUGUCACGCUAUCCACCUUGUACAAAGCCGUAGCAGACAACCUGGUUCAGAAUUUUUCUGUGCUUGGUCCAAUUUCCCUGAAUUUCGAGGCUUGGGAAGAUGACCCUGAUUACUUGGCAUGUCGAGCCUUCCACCACUACCUUGGGCACACUGAACUGACAGGAGAAGCGGGAUCCUAUUAUCAGGGUAAAGAAAGUGUUAUAAUGAGUUUGGACAACACCUCAGAACGUCUCCUCAACAAGUAUUCACCUACAAGUUGCACUUUUAUAACUUAUUUUCCCGAUUCAGAUAUUGGUCAUGGUGAUGACGUGCAGUACUUGUUCAACACAGAAUAUAACAAGACUUUACAGCGAGACGAGGAUAUCUUCGUCAGCCGUAUCAUGGUGGAAAUCUGGACCAACUUUGCUACCACUGGGCACCCAACGCCAGACCGGUCUCUUGGUUUCAAGUGGGCACCGACGUUGUCAUCGAACAACGCAUACUUGGCAAUCACUUCCUCGCCUUUCAUGAAAACAUCCCAAGAUUCCAGGAUCCAUGAAUUUUGGAAAAACAUGCCGACCAAGAGUAACAAGAGGUUGUACCCCGAGAGCUUCGAGCCAACUGUGCACUAGUUUGUAGUAUGACAAAUAUACGAUCCGGCUUGGUGAUAAACAAGUAUUUUUCUUGUAACCUCCAGAAUCCCAAUAUAUGCGCCACCGCUGUUAAUCUCCUGCGUUAGUUUUCCUUGACAAGUUUAUUAUAACACCAAAAUAAAUGUACUAUAUAUCUACUAUGCUAGGGGUUUUCGCCCCCUACUUAUCCAAUCUCCAACUUCCUUAA